CCGGGGCGGAGGCGCCUCCUUUAGCCUGGGCCCGGCUAACGAACUACAGCUCCCAGCAUGCAGCACGGGGCGCGGCCGGCGGGGAAGGGGCUGAGGUAAAGGGGCAGCGCCGGGAAGCCCCGUCCUGCAGCCGCGGAGCUAGCGGCGGGUGCCAGGCAGAGACGUCCAGUGCACCUGGAUGGCGCCGAGAGGGGUGGAGUGGACCGUCAUCGUCCUGACCUGCCAGCACAAGGACAGCGUGUGUGCCUUCCAGAAAGAGCUUGAGAUCCGAUGGCGGCGGGGUGCGCUGGGCCCACACCCCCUCCUGCUGACUGUCGAGGACCCCGCAGCAUGUGUGGGCAGCGGUGGCGCCACCCUCAACGCCCUGCUGGUGGCAGCCGAGCACCUGAGUGCCAGGGCAGGCUGCACGGUGGUCACCGCUGAUGUCCUGCGUGAGGCCCGGAUCCUCAUCCUGCACAUGGGCCGCGACUUCCCCUUCGAUGACUGCAGCCGGGCCUUCACCUGCCUCCCCGUGGAGGACCCCGACGCCCCGGCCGAAGCGCUGACCUGCAAUCUGGACAGCCUUCUGGGGACCAUGACACAGCAGCUGUGCAGGGGCUCCCCGCCGGGAGUGUGGGUCUGCAGCACCGACAUGCUCCUCACCGUUCCCUUGGCAGCAGAGAUCCACUGGGAAGGGUUCCAAGGUGCCAAAGUGAUCUCCGUGCCGGGGAGCAUCUCGUACGCCAGAAACCACGGCGUCUACCUCGCCAACCAGCAGGGGUUCGUGCGUGACAUCAUCUACCAAGGCCCGGAGGCCCGGAUCCAGGAGUGCGCUGGGCCGGACGGGAAAGUGCCGCUGGUGUGCGGGGUCGUCUUCUUCUCCUCGGAGACCGCAGAGCAGCUCCUGGCCACGCACGUCAUCCCUCCUCUGGAUGCCUGCACCUACCUGGGCCUGGAUUCGGGGGCCCAGACCAUCCAGCUGUCCCUGUUCUUCGAUAUCGUGCUCUGCAUGGCCGACGGGGUGACUGAGGAGGACUUUGUGACUGGCAGGAUCCGGGAGGUGGGCAGCGGCCAUGCCAAGGGGACGGCGGCCCUGAGGAGUGCCCGCUCCGUGCUGUGGAAGGCCCUCCAUGCCAUCCCUCUCAGCAUGGCGUGUAUACCUGACGGUUGCUAUGACUACAUGACUAUGGCCGCUAGCGACCACAUCCACAACCUGACGCUUCGCACCAGCUCCGCCAACGCCCUCCAUUUCCGCAAAGUGGCGCAUUCCCACAUAGCUCAGCCCCAGCUCCUGGAGGACGGCUGCUCCGUCACCAACAGCCUGCUGGAAGGAGCCGUGCGGGUGGAGCCCGGAAGCGUUCUCCAGCACUGCCACCUGCAGGGACCCUUGCAGAUAGGCUCCGGCUGCCUCCUCACAGGGCUGGACGUCUCCUCCUCGCCUGCCCUGCAGCGCUGCCGGCUGCACGACGUGGUCCUGCAGGGGCACGCCAUCCGGCUGCGGGACGUGCUGCGCCAGGUGUUCACCCUGACUGGGCGCCACGACGACUGGCAGAGCCCUGCCGGGGAGGCCGGCACCUACCUGAACGUGCCCUGGGCUGAGUUCUUCCACAGGACGGGGAUACGGGAGGGGGAUAUCUGGGGCUCCGAGGUCCCCCGGAGGAGCCGCUGCCUGCUGAACGCCCGCCUCUUCCCCGUUCUGCACGCUGCUGAGCCCCUGGGGGUCCAGGACGUGCUGUGGUUCCUGGGCUCCCAGGAGGGCGAGGGGCUGGGACGGUGGCGAGCCUCGUGGCGCAUGUCCUGGGAGCAGCUGCUGAUGUGCCUAGACCAGGAGGCGGAGCUGGCAUCCCGCCGGGCACUCUUCUUCCGCCAGGCCCAGGGCAAGCUACGCAGGGUGCUGCUGGAGCACAGGGACUGCAGCCUCCUGCCACUGAUCCGCACCGCCGUCAGCGAGGGCUACCAGGAGGCCGUGCUGAGCACUCUGGACCAGGUGGCAUCUGUUGCCGCUGACCCUGGGGUGGCAGCCCGGGCUCUCGCCUGCAUCGCCGAUGUGCUGGGCUGCAUGGCCAAAGGGGAUGGGGGCUUACGGAGCGGGCCAGCCGCCAACCGGGAGUGGGCCCCGGCCUUCCAGCAGCUGGAGAGAGGCGACAUUGCUGAGGGAGUGAAGGCGCUCGCCACAGAGAGGAGGAAAUGGCUGGGCAGGCCGGCGCUGUUGGUGAGGGCCGCCCGGCACUACGAGGGGGCCGAGCAGAUCCUGAUCCGCCAGGCUGUGAUGUCGGCGUGCCGGUUCAUCGGCGUCGGGCGGGAGGAGCCCCCGCCCGUUGGUCACUGGGUGCUGGUGGAGUGCCCUGCCCGGAUAGACGUCUCUGGUGGCUGGAGUGACACUCCUCCAAUCACUUACGAGCACGGGGGAGCCGUGGUGGACAUUGCCAUCCUGGUGGACGGGCGCCGACCAAUCGGGGCCCGGGCCCGGCGCAUCGCCGAACCGGAGCUCCGGCUGGUCAGUGCUAGCGGCGCGCUGGAGGGCGAGGUGGUGCUGGAGCUGGUGUGCCAGGACCUGGAGGACCUGCAGGAUUACUGCCAGCCCCACGCACCAGGGCUUCCCCUCUCCUUUCCAGGCGCCUUGCUGAAAGCGGCUUUCAUCUGCACCCAGAUUGUCACCCUCGCUUCCCAGAAGCCCUUGCAGGCCCAGCUGCUGGAGUGCUCUGGUGGAGGGUUUGAAGUGCACAGCUGGUCCAGCCUGCCCCACGGAUCUGGCCUGGGCACCAGCAGCAUCCUGGCUGGGGCGGUGAUGGCGGCGCUGUAUCGGGCGGCUGGGAAAUCUGCCAACGCAGAGUCCCUCAUCCAUGCCGUGCUGCACCUGGAGCAGGUGCUCACCACAGGAGGAGGAUGGCAGGACCAGGUUGGCGGGCUUGUGCCAGGCAUCAAGAUCGGGAGGUCGAAGGCCCUGCUGCCCCUGAAGGUGGAGGUGGAGCAGAUCCCCGUGCCGGAGGGCUUUCCCCAGACCCUGAACCAGCACCUGCUCCUGAUUUACACAGGGAAGACUCGGCUGGCCCGCAACCUGCUCCAGGACGUGCUCAGGAACUGGUAUGCCAGGCUGCCAGCUAUCGUGCAGAACGCCGACGCCCUGGUGAGCAACGCGGAGCAGUGCGCCCAGGCCUUUCGGCAAGGUAACCUGCCUCUCCUUGGAGAGUGCCUGACCCGCUACUGGCAGCAGAAGAAGUGCAUGGCCCCGGGUUGUGAGCCUCUGGCUGUCAGACGCAUGAUGGAUGCUCUCCAGCCGUAUGUCUAUGGGCAGAGCUUGGCUGGAGCUGGAGGCGGCGGGUUCCUCUACAUCUUAACCAAAGAGCCCACCCAGAAAGACUUUAUACAGCAAAUUCUAGCAAACACAGAGGGCCUGGGGAAUUUCAGCAUCCACACUGUUGAAGUGGACACAGCUGGCUUCUCUCUGCAGCUAGUGGGGAGCGACCCUAAAGCAAGAGGCGACACAGGGAAUGAGAGGGCCCAACCAAUCAUGUGAAGGCCAACGGGCCCUGGUCUUUGUGCACUGCCAGUGAAUGUUCAGACAGCCAACCUCCCACGCUGGCGUAAUUUGCCACUCACAGGAGCGUCAGGUGAAUCUGUCCUGGUUUGGUUUCAAUUCAGAGUGACUUCUGGUUUCAGCAGCAGCAGCUGCACAGGUUGCAUGAUCGUCGCUGUAGAGUACGUGCCUCUACCAUUGGGCUGAUGGCGCUGGGAAGCCCUCGGCCCUACAGCAGCCUGGGCUAGUGCCUACCACAGAACCAGGCCAGGUUCACAGGCCGGCAGAGGGAAGAAAGGCCCCUCGCUGUUUGACAGCGUCACUGUGCUGGAUAAAUAGACUUGGCACAAUUUGUACUUUUUAUCAUUUCGACUAUCGACGUUCAUUUUUAAAAAGAACAGGAGUACUUGUGGCACCUGUUCUUUUUGCGGACACAGACUAACACGGCUGCUACUCUGAAACCGUUCAUUUUUAAGCAUUUUUACUGUUCAUCAAUUAAAAUGUUCAUAAGUGUGGGAAAUUCUGGAGGGGUCAGCCGUGUUAUUUAAUGAGACAGUCCGAAAGUUAAAGCUGUAACCGUUAAAACACAAAUCGUGAACAUCACGUCAAACUCUGCAAGUAACCUUACAUCACACCUCCAAGGCUUCAAGCAGCAGUUUGUCUUACUUUGCCUUUCUCAGGGGUGGGCAAAUGUUUUGGCCCAAGGGCCACAUCUGGGAAUAGAAAUUGUAUGGCGGGCCA